AAAGUAAAUUAAAAGUUAUAAUUUUUUAAUGUAUGGUGUCUAACUUGUGUUACUUUGUGACAAAUGAAGGUCCUUAGUUCGAAACUUUCUUCUUUCCCUUCUCUUUAUGCUCUCAACCAAAAUCUCAAAACACUUUCACUCCUCUUCUGAUCUUGCUGAUUUUUCAGGGUGCUCAAAAAUUGAAGCUUUUAAUUGUUUGAACUUUGAAGUUUUGAAUUGUGAUGUCACUACCAAGGCUAGGAAUAGGUGAUGAGGAAGGUGAAAGUAAUGUUACUUUAUUGGUUUCUUCAUCAACAACUAUGGAAAGUGUGUGUUUGAAUGUUUCAAAAUCAAAACCAAAAGAGUUCAACUAUAUGGGAUUGUCAUGUGAUUCUUCAUCAUCAUCAGUGGAAAGUUCAGUUCCUAUUCAAUCUUUUUCAGAUGAGACAAAAAGUAAUUUGAAUCUCAAAGCUACUGAGCUUAGAUUGGGGAUUCCAGGAUCACAGUCUCCUGAAAGAGAUUCUUCAUCAGAUCUUUGUUUGAGAAGUUCAACUAAGUUUGAUGAAAAGACUCUUUUUCCUUUGCACCCUCAAAAAGAUGAUCAUCAUCUUUCUUCACCAAAGGUUGCUGUUUUGGGGAGCAAAAGAGGGUUUUCUGAUGCCAUGAAUGUUUUCUCAGAGGGGAAAUUGAAGCCUGGCUCCAAAAUGCUUGAGAAUGUUGGAGUCCAUCAAGACAAAGGCAAUGAAAUAGCAAUAGGCAAAGUUGCUCUUGAGAGGCCUCCUGGUGUCUGUGAAAGUAGACCAAAUGUUAAUGGUUCUUCAAAUAAUGGAAAUAGCAUUGCACCAGCUACCAAGGCACAGGUUGUUGGUUGGCCUCCAAUAAGAUCAUUUAGGAAAAACUCAUUGACAACAGCUUCAAAGAACAAUGAAGAAGUUGAUGAAAAAAUGGGGUCUGCAGGAGGUGCUGUGUUUGUGAAGGUCAGCAUGGAUGGUGCUCCUUAUUUAAGAAAAGUAGACUUGAAGAAUUACACUGCAUAUUCACAACUAUCUUCUGCUCUUGAGAAGAUGUUCAGCUGUUUCACCAUAGGUCAAUGUGAAUCUCAUGGAAAUCUAGGAAGAGAGAUGAUGAUGAAUGAAACCAAGCUUAGGGAUCUGCUUCAUGGAUCAGAAUAUGUUAUUACUUAUGAGGAUAAAGAUGGUGAUUGGAUGCUUGUUGGUGAUGUUCCUUGGGUGAUGUUUAUUGAUACAUGCAAGAGGCUAAGGAUCAUGAAGAGUUCUGAUGCCAUUGGUCUAGCCCCUAGAGCUGUUGAAAAAAAUAAAAGCAGGAACUAGGCAGAAUCAAACGUCACACUCUAUGCAUCUAGCUUUCUAUGGAAUUAAAAAAAUGCUUCUAGGGCCUAUGUGGGGAGUUCCUAAAUCUGUUUUCUGUUUUCACUUUUCAGUUUUUUUUUUUUUUUAAUGAUUGUCACAAUUUAUAAAAUCCCCAAGACAUGUUAGUGGGGGAUUACUAUUAUAUUUUCCUGUUGUGAAGGAUUAGUUUGUGAAAUUGUGAAUUGCAUUAUAUAUUAUAUAUAUAUGCUUGUGGCUUUGUGUGAUGAAAACAAAAACUAUAUAGUAACUUAAUAUGGAA